CUAGUUUCUGAUGAUGAACUGCUUCAGCGGUUGGCUAAGGAGAAAUUUGAUGUUGGCAUUUCCGAAGCUCUUGGAAUCUGUGGUCUAGGAGCACUGUCAACCAAAGGCGAUCAUAUGAAUAUGAUCGAUCGACUUAAGAACGUCAUUGACGUGUUGAUGGGAGAAAGACUUUUCCAUGAUGAAAUCUUUGUGGAUUCCUCAUUUGUUUUUACGAUUCAUGCAAAUCCAUACCUCGAUUAUCCUCGUCCAAUGCUACACAAAACUGUUCCGAUCGGCGGAGUUGCUGUCAAAAUUGAUUCCAAGAAAAAAGUUCUAACAAAGGAAUGGGAUGAUAUACUGAAUGAAACGAAACACCACCGUACUGGUCUCAAGUUAAGAAGUUCUCUGUUAAGAAAAACUCUUCUGGCCGUUUUCGAAAGUAUGCCUGAAACAACGUUUAUCUGGAAAUAUGAAGAGGAAGGCUCGCAAAUAGCUGCUUAUCUGAAAAAUGUCUAUUUGCGGACUUGGGUCCCGCAGAUUGCUCUUCUU